UCAAUCUAAGUGACAAGCAGUGACAGCUCAGAUCAUCAAUCUAAUAAAUAUUUUUGCUUGAUUGGUUUCAUUGAUUUGUAUUUUGAUUUUGUUCGUAAAUAAAAGUGUAAAUAUGGGUUUAUAUAAUUUAUAGUUUCAAUGUUUUAUUAAACUAUUCGUAAAGUUUGUGAUGGCUCUAUAACUUCAUAAAAGCAAUGUUUUCAAAAAAAACUUCCUUCAUUAUCAUUGUGAUGUACGAUUGUAAGCAAAACAGCAAAUAAAAUGAACAGCAAAAUUUUAAACACAUUCGUUAAUGCUAUAGACAAUAAGGAUGAUGUAAGGAAGAGAAUUGAAAAUGGCAAACAAUCUCUACAAGAACUGCUGAACUGUGUACAAAACUCCCAAAAUAGAUUUGGAGGCAAAUCUGAACUUGCAACUGAAGAUGACAUAAGAAUAUCUCUGCUAUGUGAUAAGUGGGAAAGGGUGCUAAGCCAUGGUAUAAGAACAAACCUUUCUAACUCAACCUUGCAGACUCUGGUCACAGCUAGUUUGAACUUCACAUUCAAUAUUGUAAAUAUUGGAAAUUCACUAUGGAGUUACGCAUGUCUCCAUUUGACAAAACACGAAAAAGAGAGAUUCAAAAUUUUGUCAAACAUCAAUACUCCAUUGGGGUACUUCAGAGCUUUUUUACGUGCUGCACUAAAUGAAAGGUCUUUAGAGAGAUAUCUUCAAAGUUGGAUAUCUCAUGGGCUUCUUAUGGAGUAUUAUGAGGAUGGUGCUCUAGUGAGGGAUCCCGAGUCGUCUAACCUACUUCCCAACAUGGCAGCAGGCUUAUCUUCCAUUCUGUUCGCGUUAUCAAUCGACAGGGCCGAACUGAAUGACUCGCAGCACGCAAGCCAAAUCAAUAAAGCGGAACCGGUAAUUCCUUUACCGAUGCCAGUGAGGUCUAGUAAUGUAAAACGGAAACCUCUAAGACAAGUAAUAUCGUUCGAUAAACAAGAACAGACCAAUAAACCGAAACAAAAAAUGGAGCCUAUACCUCCACCUAAUGACAGUUCCAACUGGAAUAGUGCUCCAGCCACGUGUCUGAAUUCUCCUGACCCUAAAGUUAUGCCACCAAUUGCUUCUAGCAGUGAACCUACUAGUUCGGAAUGCAAAAGCGGUAUUCGACACUUCUUCCCGGACAGUGUGAAAGGGAUAGACAGCCCAUCCCAAAUACUCUCAAGAUUAUCCGAAUGCGCUAAGGAAAUAUUCACGUCAUCCAAUAGCAUUGACACAAAUAACAUAAUUAGGGACGAUGUCUCGGAGAUAAGUAUUAACAAUCUGAAAAUUUCCGAGAGUGACAGUGAAGAAGUUGCUGGUAGUAUAAAUGGGAGCACCUCUUGUUUGGAACUGUGCUUUACUGAAGACGAAAGUGUACCUGAUGAUAAACAUAUAAAUACUAUGUUAGAAAUAAAAGAGAAAGAAUAUUUAAAUUUACAAUUAAAAUUGAACCAGAUUGAAAUAGCUAGUAAGGAAAAAAUACAGAAAUUAGAAAAAGUAGUUUUGGAUUUAAGCAAAGAAAAUGAUAGAUUAAAAGAUCAAAUGAGACAGUAUAUGUCAGCUGUAGAACUCGGUAUAGCUUUAAAAAGUGGAGGGAGUGAGAAUGAAGAAGUGAGCCAGUAUGAGAAGAAACUUGUGCAGGUAGCAGAGAUGCACGCGGAGCUGAUGGAGUUCAACCAGCAUCUGCAGCGGCGGCUGCAGGAGCUGGAGAGCACCUCCUGCGAGAUGCUGGACUACCCGGAGUCCAACGUCAAGGUCCACAUUCCCAGCGCCUUCCUAGUUGGGAAGACGACGCAUUCUUAUCACGUGUACCAGAUAUUUUUGAAGAUUGGGCAAGAAGAAUGGAAUGUGUACCAUAGAUAUGCAAAAUUCUACGAAUUGCACACACAGCUGAAAAAAUGUCAUCCCGAUAUAGCAACUUAUAAAUUUCCACCAAAGAAGACUUUACGGAAGAAGGAUGCGGGCGUGGUGGAGCGGCGGCGGGUGGGCCUGCAGGCGUACCUCCGCCACGUGGUGCUGGUGCUGCCGGAGCUGCGCACGUGCACCGCUCGGGCCAGCCUCGUCUCGCUGCUGCCCUUCUUCGGCACAUCGUCGACGACGCGGGAAAACGGCCUGAAUCACACCCUGGACCGCCAGGUAUCUGCUGAAUCAGUGUCCACUUAUGACGGCAUAUAACAACGUAACUUAUGGAGAAAUAUAUAGUGUACACUUCAUUGUAUAUACUACAGAAUUUAAAGAAUGAUAUUCCGUUUACUAAAUCAAAAACAUCUUUCAUUAUUAUGUAAAAAUGUUCUGAGAAUCUAAAAUAAAAUGCUAGUUAGGUUCUAAACCUCCAUAAAAAAUGUGUAGAUUCUAUACAAUUUUUUUACUUUAUGAGCACGGUAUAAAAUUACAGAUAAUAUGUAAUCAUUUUGAAACAAUUAUCGUAAUAAUCCAGUAUUCAUAUUGAAAUAAUGAAAAAUGUUUAUUGUAUUCUUACUUACAUAUGGACGUAGUUUAGCAGAAAGGACCCAAUCCACCCAAUCAGAAAAAACACUCACAAGUAUUUUUUUUUUGUAUUGAAGAUCAAACCAUAUUCAGGCAUAUUUAUUUUUUGUAAAUAAAGUAUAUAAUAUUUUCAAUGUGAAAUUUAUAAAUUUUACAAUAUAACUGAUUUAUCGAUCAGAGUUCAAAUUGUUAACAAAAAGGUUAGGUACUCAAACCAAAGUAUGUAGUUUUAUAUUUUGAAUAUUAAGGUCUCACUAAUAAACGUUGAAUAUAACCGGAGUAAAUUACUCGUAUCUUUUAUUUUGUACAAACAGGUUGACAGCAGCGUAAUUAAGUAUUGUUAUGUUUAUUUCAAUAAAAAUAAUGUGAGAAACAGACAAUUACUCACGUGUAAUGAUCGACGAAGUAUAUCAACAAUAUAAUCUGCAUCUUCGUUGAUAAAUACGACAUAUAUCACAUGUGUGACCGUAACUUUAAAAUUAUUGUAAUUGUUUAUUAGUAAGGUUCAUAUUUUUGUAAUUUUAUAAAACAAUACAAAAUAUUGACGUGUAGUUGUAAAGUACGGGUUAACUUAUCCAUUAAUUUAAAUCGACAAAGUAAUGUAUAUAAGUAAUAUUUGUAAAUUUAAUUUAUAUUUUGUGCAGUGAAUAAAAACAACGAUGUCUAGCUAUAUUGUGAAAAGUACACGUUUACAAUUUUAUACAGUAUAAUAUAAUCUGGCAAUGGGAAUUCACAUAGACAACUAUUAUUAAAUGAUAAGUAUACCUAUGUGCUUAAUGACAACUAGAUUAAUUGAAACUAUUUUUUUUUCCACUAAGUUUUUGGCGCAGAACCAUCGUUAGCAAAAUGACAAUCCAAUGUUAUACACAAUACAUACAAUAAUUUGGGCACUAUGCCACGGUGUGAAAUUAACAAAAAGUAGGUUUCUUUAAUAUCAUAUACAGUACAUACAAUUUACAUUUAACUGCGGCCCGCUAACGACGCAACACCAGUACUAAUUUUACCCUUGGCAGGACACUAGCGAAACGGCUUCAUCAUAACAAACAUUGUAUUAGCAAAAUAUGAAAAAUAGUUGGACAAUAUCUCUGUGAUGCAAAGCAUAAUGAAAAUGAUAUAAUCCUGUCUUAUACAAUUUUUAUGAUAGUUACCAAGGAUCAAUAUGUUGUUUGAUUCGAAACUUAUUCGAAUGAAACAAAAUAUUCAUCCUUUGUUGAUUUAUGGGUUAUGUCAUCUCAUACAUAUGUAUCACUGCCUAAUAAUGAUUAAAUAAUAACUUGACAAUUCAAACAAUAUAUUGUGUCCUAUAGUAAGUAAGUUGAGGCAGACACACAUUUAGCGGUAAAGAUGAUUAUACCAAUUUUUGCAGUAUUUUUACCAUCAGUAUUAACAAUUCACACUUCUUCUGACUGCAUACGUAUCAAAAGGGGAUUCAAUGCCUAUCUAGGCGUAAUGAUAUAAAAAUGACAAACAGCUGCAAUAAACAGCUAAAAAUGUAUAAUAGUAUAUAAUAACUUAGUCUAUCUAGAUAUAUAUCCAGUAUGCACAGGGUUAGGUACAAGUGUAACACCAGCAGCUUCUCAGGAUAACUAACUUUAUCGAUGCCUAUCUACGAUUUUAAUUUCAUUCAAAAUGAUGUAUUGAAUAAUUUUGUGUUAAAAACUCUGUGUCGCGAAAGCGGGCGUUAAGAGGGACGCAGGCCACGUUAGAUUAGGACAGGACAAACUAUUUUCAUCUAUUGUAUUGAAUUAUUAGAAAAAAAAAUGUAUGUACUGAUUUUUAUAAUCGGCUUUCACAAGUAACCAUAAAUAAAAUAUGUUUAUGUAGCAAUACUUUGUUUUUCAAAUAUUUAUUUAAAUUUUAACGUUUUUUUCAUUUAGAGUCUAAAUAACAUACAUAUUAUUAUAUUACUUUAAAGUAACAAGUGUUUUGUCAGAAAAUUUAUUUUUAACGUUAAAAUCAUAUCAUGAAAGUAGCCUUACAAUGAAGUACAUAUUAUUUGUUAAUUAUUUAAAAAGACAUUGUACAAUGAUAUUGGCAUUAAAAUCCAUACUAAUAAUAUAAAUACGAAAGUCUUGUCUGUUUACGGUUAAACUGAUGGACAGAUUUUGAUGAAAUUUGGUUUGCAUAUAGCUAAAGACCGUCGUUAAAAUAUAGGUUACUUUUUUUCAAACAACAAUCUCCAAAUGUCUUUAUGGGGUUUGAAAAUUAUUCCGCUUUCACAGAAAAGUUCACGUAGGCGAAGCCGCGCGCUUUUGCGCGCAUUGUUAGUAUCUUAUUAUUUAUAAAUACAUUUUAUAUUCAGAAUAUCAAAUUCAAAGAUGAUUCAAAAAUGUUAUAAAAUAAAUAUGUUAUUUAGAUCACA